ACUUGCGCGUCAACCAAAUCGUUCACAUGGCGUUUCCCUCUCCUGUGAAUAGCACUCUACAAUAGCGCUCUGAGCUAGGUAGACAUAAAACAAGUUUAGGGCUCCAAAAUUGUUUGACGUCAGGAUUCACCUAAUGCGGCAACUUUAAGUAGUCGUAUGCUUAGCCUACAACAACAGAAGUUUUCGGCGAGUUUGAAUAUGAGAGAAGAGUUUCUCUUUUUUGGACCGUGGUAAAAGCGAAGCUAUCGGUGGUGGCAUGAAACUCAACAAUUUCUGGACCCUUUGGUUUCACGACGGAACGGCUGUUUUUCAGGUGAGAUUGACUUCUUCAUCCAUUUGGAGCGGGCCCACUCCAAAGCGCCGGGCACACUGUCGGGAGCAGGUCAUCUGACUGCAUUAUGGCGAGCGGCGACGAGGAGAAGGGGAAAGUGGAUCUCUUGGAGGAUAACCGAAUUGACUCCGGUAUUGAUUCUUUCAAGUCGCUCACUAAAGACGAGCAUUACUCCAAGCCUGUACAUGAACUGAGUCCUCCUGAGGAUGGAGAGGUUAAAGACAAACUCGACAGCGUGACCGAGGAACGCCAUGACUCUGCUUACAUUUCAUCCUCUAUCACAGUCGACAACAUUACUGACAUUUUAAAGACUUGCUCGGCAGGCUCUCAGGACACGGAGAGCGCAGAGACCCCUGAUCACAAUGAACAGGAAGUCAAGAAUCUUCUAACCACCAUUACAGAUGAUGGAGACACAAUCCUGCACCUAGCCGUAAUCCAUGAGGCCGUACAGUUUGCAGAAUGGUUGAUUGAGCUGUUUCCCAAACAGGUUCUGGACCUUCAGAACAACUUGUAUCAGACGCCAUUACACCUGGCUACGUACCUGGACCUCCCGGCGGUGGUGCGGAGGCUGGUGGACGGGGGAGCCAGCCUGGCGCUGCAGGACCACGAUGGGAACACCCCACUGCAUGUAGCCUGUGAGCAGGGGCGCGGGGAUUGCGCCAGCGAGAUGACGCGGAACAUCCCACCCGGCCAGCUCACCCCAGUACUAGAGGCACAGAACUGGAGAGGUGUCACCUGCCUCCACCUGGCUACGUUGCACAGACGCCAUCGGCUCAUGAAGCUCCUGAUAAAGAAGGGUGCCAACCUUAAUGUGCAGGAAGGGACGAGUGGCAAGAGCCCGCUGCACAUGGCUGUGGAGCUCCAUGACGUGUCAGCCGUGACGUUGCUGCUGAACAAGGGGGCGAACGUCGACGCCGCCAUGUUCAACGGCUGCACGCCUCUACACUUGGCAGUGGGCAGGCAGGACGCCACCAUCGCCAACCUGCUUUGCCAGUCCGGAGCAGACCAGAUGAUCAGGAACAUGGAGGACGAGACGGCGCUAGACCUCGCCGAUGGCAAUGAUGACAUCCUUGCCCUUUUCCCAUUUGAUGACAUUCAGAUCUCUGGAAGAUCUGUGGUAGGGGUGAAUUUCUAAAUCAAAGAGCAAGACAAGGCAUGCUCACAGAACAAGCCAUAAUGCCUUUCAUUCACUGGGAACCUCAUAGUAUCUGCAGCUAUUUAUGUAUGUAUAGAAAACAACAGUAUCUCUCUCAAAAGUAACUAAUGCUUCAAGUGCUUUAAGGAGUGAAGUAAAUAUCUUAUGAAUUUUCAUCAUCAUGGCUUGAAGAAGUUUUACAUCAUUAAAGGUACCAAUAUUUAAAGACAUGUCUGUUAAGUUUAUUAUAAUAGUCAAACUCAAGGUGAGGAAUAGUUCGUUAUUAGCUGAUCUAAUCGGGCUAUUUCUCUCUUUUCUUGAGAUAGAUGAUGCAUUAUAGGCCUUUCUGCAUCUUAGUAUGGAUAUGAUAAAGUCUUGCUGUGUAUGAUUUUAUAGUAAUUUUAUAAGAGAUUGUGUUAAAUCAUGUUUACCUAAUUCUGAUGGAUUGUCUAUUUCCACAACAGUUUGAAUUGCUCUUGCAUCUUCUCCAUGAUCUCAGAUUAGUCACUGGGGAAAAUAAAUAUUGGAAUAUGCCCUCCAUGGUCAGUUGAAUCCAUAGGCUAUAUUUUUCACACAGACCCAUCACAGUAAACUAUGUGUAAGACACUGGUGUGUGAAACGUUCUCUAUACUCUUUAUUUAAAUGAUCUGGCGCUAAGAGUGGACUAAGUUGGUGGCCUGUUUAGUCCAUGACACUUGUACAAAUAAGUUGUUAAUUUUCUUUGUCUUGAAUAUUCUUAGUGGUUAAAGCUUUAACCAGUUUGGCUCAGUUAUUUUCUGCAAAUGUACAACAUUAGUCUAUGUUUUUUAAUAAAAAAAAUUAAAUGA